CCCACCCACCCACCCACCGACCCACACACACACAGUCAGUCCACAAAGAGCCAGAAGGAGUGGUGGUGGUGGAGGUUCUCCAUGAAAAGAGCUUAGAGGAAGACUUUUCUCUCAGCGCUGACACACAACGAGCAGACCUCCGGAUAAAGAUGCACAUGCAGAAGCAGUGGACGCGGGCGGCCAUGAUGGCCCUGCUGGUGCUGGCGGCCAUGGCGGCCGAGGGCGGCAAGUCUGAGAAACAAGGCAAGAAGGAGCGCAAGUCCGACUGCGGCGAGUGGCAGUGGAGCGUCUGCGUGGCCAACGAGGGCGACUGCGGCCUGGGCACCCGCGAGGGGACGCGCACCGGCACCGACUGCAAGCAGACCAUCAAGACGCAGCGCUGCAAGAUCCCCUGCAACUGGAAGAAGAAGUUUGGAGGGGAGUGCAAGUACGACUUCCAGGCCUGGGGGGAGUGCGACCCGGCCACGGGCAAGAAGAACAGGACGGGCGUCCUGAAGAGGGCGCUCAUGGACGCCACCUGCGCCCCCACCGUCACAGCCAGCAAGCCUUGUGGGAAGAUUCCCAAGACUAAGAUGCAAGAUGCCAAGAAGCAGAAGAAAGAAGGCAAGAAGCGAGAGCGCGGCCAAAUGGACUGAUGGCGAGGAGGAUGAGGAUGGCGAAGCGAGCGGAGGAGGACGACGACGAUGACGAUGACGAUGAAGACUAUUCCAAGGUGUCCUGUAGUAUCGGAGGGCGGUAGCAGACGUCGGCACGUCCAGAUGUUAACUGGUAGUCAAACCAAGACGCUGUACAUGACCUUUAACCUUUUAACCCCUCUUUUCUUUGAUCGGUUUAUUCCCGGUACCUCAGUUUGUUGACUUUGUAAUCCCGAUUAACGUCAGCUAACCCCCCCCCCCCCCACCCCACCCCCCACCUCUCUUCCCUGAAGGAAUAAAUAAUAAAAAACAGAUUUCAAACAUU